ACGUACUUUAGCCCUCUUUUCCCUUUCUCCUCCUCACACCUCUCAAUCCACAUCAAUCAAGCCAACUUGUGUCAACAACCGACCACCACCCAAGUCUUCCCAGCACUCUAGGGCACGUAGCCACCCUAUCUUCCUCCCCCGACAUCACACGUUGUUCACGCGUUCAAAUCCUGAACCGCUCCGCAAACGUCACGCAUUUCUACCUCCUGCACCACCAACCAACUCCCGUCUACAUCCACUAGACAUCAUGGCCAGCGCUGUGGAGAAGGUCACCCAGGUUGCCGAACAGGCUGUCAACGACGUUACCAACGCUCUGAGCAAUACGUCGCUCACUGAGAACAAGGACGAAAACAAAGACGCCGUCCAUGCCAGUGCCGCUGAGGGUCGCCGCCUAUAUAUCGGCAACCUCGCCUAUGCGACUUCCGAGGGGGAGUUGAAGGACUUCUUCAAGGGCUACCUUGUCGAGUCUGUCUCCAUCCCCAAGAAUCCCCGUACCGACCGUCCCGUGGGGUACGCCUUCGUCGACCUGUCCACCCCUAGCGAGGCCGAACGCGCCAUCGGCGAACUAUCAGGUAAAGAGAUUCUUGAGCGCAAAGUCUCUGUCCAGCUAGCUCGCACCCCUCAACCUGCUGCCGAGAAGGCCGAGGGUACUUCCAGCGGUGAAGGUGCUGAGGGCUCUCGACGUCGGGCUUCUGGUCGCGGCCGCGGCCGUGGUCGAGGACGCGGUGGCCGAACCGGACGUGGUGGGCGAGCUGAUGGCGGCAAGGAUGCUGCCGGCGAGGAGACUACGGAGAAGGAUGAUGCUCUCCCAGAAACCUCUGAGGUUCUACCUUUGACCGACGUUACCAACAAGGUCGAUACUGACGCUGAUAAGACCAAGAAGGGGCCUGCUCGUGAGCGCCGAGAGCGUGGACCCCCAGCUGAUGGCAUCCCUUCCAAGAACAAGGUCAUGGUGGCAAACCUUCCUUAUGACCUCACAGAGGAAACUCUUAAGGAUCUCUUCAAGGCCUAUGAGCCUUCUUCUGCAAAGAUUGCACUUCGACCCAUUCCCCGUUUCAUGAUCAAGAAGCUUCAAGCCCGCGGUGAGGCUCGUAAGGGCCGUGGUUUCGGCUUUGUUACUCUCGCUUCCGAGGAGAUGCAGCAAAAGGCCGUUACGGAGAUGAACGGCAAGGAGAUCGAGGGUCGCGAGAUUGCUGUCAAGGUUGCCAUCGACAGUCCCGACAAGACUGACGAAGAGGCCAACAUUCCUCACGAAAGUGAGACCAACGGUCAGGAGGCGGCGGCCCCCACCGCCACCACUGCCUAAUUUUACCACUCCUAUGUGUUAGCAUGCGCCGAUUUUGAUGAUGAGGAGUGGAGCCAGACAAUCAUUCUUACUGCCGUUGGCGAACAUCAUUUGAGCAUGCUGUCUGCGCAGGUGUUGAGCAUUUGUAGCGAUGGAUGAGGAUCAGCCGAAUUUAUGAUAGAUACGAACUCGAGACCAGUAGUUGAUAUGGCUUUUGAUAUUACCGACAUGGCGCUGUCGUGAGAGCUACGCCGGUGCAUUUUCUGAUAAGACGACGGGCCAUGAUGUUUAUGCUUCUGACAUCGAUAUCCAUUCUCACGGGUUUAUUUUCUCAGUCUCUUACGCAUUAUUCUCGGAUUGUACACUAGGUGGUCGCCGGAAAGGGCGUUAAAUGGGACUGGGAAAAGUUCUCGAGCGAAAAUAGAGAUACAAGUGAUUGAUUUUGGGCACGAUAGUUAGCCUAUUGUGUGUCUUUAGUGAAUUCAAUCAACAAUGCCUUUACUGAUUCGUUUAAUGAGACUGAAAGUUGUAUUUGAAAUCUGCAGACGACCCUCAGAAAGGACGCCAUAUGUCCAGAUGUUGUUCGCUGGGGGGUUGAACGAUAUUGAUUGAUACUUCACUACCUACACACUGAAUUACUCGGAACGUAGCCAGAGUAGAAUGAUUACGCGUAGAUUAGAAUUUCCCCGCUGUACCAAAUCAUUGACAAUCCCUUUCCUGCCUUUGCCACACAAAGAAGUGCAAGGGAGUCAGUCGAACAUUG